AUGUACCCGGAUUUAACUCUACCUCCCGAGCCUAUUAUAACUCGAUGGGGUACGUGGUUAUCAGCUGUAUUAUAUUAUUCAAAUACCUUUGAAAAGAUUAGAAACGUUGUCUUAAAUUUAGAUCCCGAAGCUGCAAUAGCAAUAAAAAAAACUGUUGAGCUCAUAGACAGUAAAAAUUUGCAAAACAAUUUAGCAUUUAUUUCGACUAAUUUUGGAUUUUUGGUUGAUACUAUUUCAAAAUUAGAAACUUCUAAAAUGCCACUAACGGAGAGCUUAGAAAUAGUUGAUAAUGCCAUAAAGCAAUUAGAACGGGUUCCUUGA